AUGACGAAGCAAUCGAAGAAGAAGAAGAAGAGAUCCGGGGUUUCCAAAACCGGGAAUGCUGAAAAUCAUCCCAAAAAUGGCGAUGACGAUGAACAAAGGGUUCUCAAACAUUUGGUAGAUGCUUUUGGUUCUAUGUCGGUGAAGGAAGCUGCUUUGGCUUAUGCAGAAGCAAACAGCGACCCGAACAAGGCUGCAGAAAUUAUCCUCACAAAGAGUGCGGCUCAGGAGCCCGAUCAGAUCACCACGUCUUCAAGUUCUAGUGGGUAUUGUUGUGUGGGUUCGAGUUCUAGUGGGUAUUGUGACGUGGGUUCGAGCUCUAGCUCCAGUGUAUCGGAGGUGUUUGGUGAUUCAAUUAAUUAUGUUCAAGAUGGGUUUAAGCUGAAGAGUAAACCCAAAUCAAAGAAGGUUAUUGCUUCUGCAGGCACUGUGUCAACGGUGUUGGGAAAAGAUUAUGUGAGGUCUAUCCCAAAGAAGGGUUCCCCUAAGUUGAAUGGGUUUCAUGAGGAGAGAUGGUGCAAGGAUGAAGCUGAACAGUUCUUGUGCUCGAUGCUUGGAGAUGACUGUGAAUUAAGUUUGGCUGUAGUUAGUGAUGUACUAAGUCAGUGUGGAUAUAACAUUGAUAAGGCAUUAGAUGUAUUGCUUGAAAUGUCAACAUCUUCAAGGGAGCAAGCCAUUAGCUACUACGAGUCUGCCAACGGAGAAGAUCGGCACCUUCUUGAAUUAAAUAACAUUCUCGUCAAUAGAACAUCCGACUCAAUCAACAAUAUCUGGUCGACAGGAAAUCUCUUCAGGAAUCUUUCAAAUAUUUCUGAAUCCCAUGAAAACCACAAUUCAACUGAGAAAGGAAGCAUGGUUUCAGAACUUCCUCAGAAAGUGUUGGAAUCUUUGUUUAAUAUGCCCACUCCAAAAACUGCCGAACAUGAACCUACUGCAAUGAACUGGAGAAAUGUUGUUAAGAAAAUGACAUCCCUUGGUCAAAGAAUUCCGCCUGGAGACAGCGAACCACAACAGCAUCUUAGCAAUGCUAAAGGAGAUGAGUAUCGUGUACUCAGAGAAUCUGCCCAGCAGCACUGGAAUUCAAUGAAAUCAUACUAUCAGAAGGCUGUGACAGCAUUUACAAGUGGGGAAAAGGAAUAUGCAUCAUAUCUUUCUGAUCAGGGAAGAUUACAAAACAAAAUGGCUCUAGAGGCUGAUGAAAAGGCUAGUCAGGAUAUAUUUACUGCUAGAAACAAGAGUAUCGAAAACAUGAUAACUAUCGAUCUGCAUGGGCAACAUAUUAAACCGGGAAUGAAACUUUUGAAACUCCAUCUUCUCUUUGGAGCAUGUGUGAGAUCUGUGAGGUCAUUCAGGGUUAUAACUGGAUGUGGGAGCCAUGGUGUUGGCAAGUCGAAGCUGAAAAACUCGGUGAUUGAUCUUCUGAAGAAAGAAGGCAUUAAAUGGUCUGAGGAGAACAGAGGAACACUGCUCAUAAAGCUCGAGGGGCAGACCAAUUUUAGCUUCCUAGAUUCAGGUAGCGACAGUGAUUGA